AUGGCGUCGUCCCAGGUUGAGAUUGUUGCAUCAUCUUCUCCAUUUGGCUAUGUUCUUCGGGAUAGGAAUCGUCCCAAUCGAUGCAAUAGGGAAACAAGCAACACCAAUUCCUCCAGCGUCGCUGCUUUUCAGAAGAACCUCGAGGUUUUGGUUAGAGACCAUCUCCAUACUUGCAUCUCUAUAUCUCCUGAUAAGAAUUCCUUAGCACAACCAAACAAUGAAAGCUUGGAUUCCAUCACCAUUUCUAGCAGCAAGCGUAAUAGCCCACCAAAAAAUGAAACAAUGAAUAAUUUUUCUUCUUCAUGUUCUUCUACCCGCGUGAGUAGCCGACAGGCAAGAAACUUGGACCGCUGGGCGGCAAAGCAUAUGGUAUCGACGAUAGAGAGGCAGAAUAAGGAGUCAGAGCUUUGGGUUGUGGCAUCAAGCAAUCCAUGCUCUUCUUCAAAUUCAAAAGAGGUCGGCAAUUGUGUAAUAUCUUCCCAAAAUUCAAUAGCCGAGAGCGAGUACUGUUCCUCCAAGAGCCAGAUUGGGGCUUCUUCCCUGGUACAAAUAUGGGAGGCACGACUAAAUUAA